CUCUCGCCUCGUCUCCUUGCAUCCCCCAUCUCAUCCAUCUCUCUCACUCUCUUUCCGUCAAACAUCUCACUUACUCAUCAUGUCCACCACCACCAGUCUUCUUCACACGGCACUACAGAACCUGCACGUUGCACAGCAGGUCGCCCACCCGUCGCACACACCGCGCCCGCCUUCCAGCCGCUCCUCGCCGCCCACCAGCCGCCGCAAUGGUGACAGCAGCGACGACGACGAGUACGUCCCUGUCGGCCAUGGCACCGCGCCUGGCACCCCCAUUCCAGGCAAGGGCAUGGUGCUUGGCCAGCGCAUCAAGAAGGACAACGGCGCGCGCGACCCGCUCAGAAACUUCCCCACGCACGUCGCGGUGCGCAUUUUCCUCCAGCUCGACAUCCGCAGCCUCGCGCGCUGCGACCGCGUUUGCAAGCGCUGGCACAAGUCCAGCACCCUCAACUACAUCUGGUUCCUUCAGAACCGCGCUCUCCAGCUGCCCUCGCUCCCCAGCGCGACCGGCGGCAAGACCCGCAAGCUCGACGACGGCACAGAGUUCUUCGACCCAUACGACAAGGGCACCAAGCUGUCCUCCCUCCCACCCGUGGCGGUGCCAACUUCAAACCAGACGCAGUGGUCCAAGGCUGAGAGCAAGCGAGCGUGGAAGAGCGUAUUCCACACCUCGCUUGCACGCAAGAACGCAGACGGCGAGGAGGACCAUCCUUACCAUGUCGAUGUCGAUAGCCUGCACACGAGCGGGUACAGUACCCCCGCGCGCCACUCGCACGCUGGUAUGGGCUCGGGUAACGCCACGCGCUGGUCCGACAACAGCGGGGCUGGAAGCAUGACGCCGACAGAGCGCAAGAUCGCCGCCCGCGAGGGAUACAAGGCCCUCGGUGGGCGCAAGAGCCGCACCAAACGCCGCAUGGGCGGUACGGGGGCGCGCAAGGCUCCCGACAUUGAGGACGAUGAUCCGCGAUUCACCGCGCCGUGGUAGCACAUCGCCAACUCAUAGCUGGGCGACAUACGCCCCACCACCACCACCGCCGCCACCGCCGCCACCGCCACCGCCGCCCUAUGAAACUCGGCCAAAGCCCGAAAGCCAAAUGCGCUCUUCCCACAGCGCCGUUGUUGUCCCGUUGUCAGAAGUAGAUUCUAUGAAUGCCUGCAUGUACUACUGCCGCUCCG